CGGAGUGAAUGGAUUUUGGAUAGGGCACGUGCCAAUGAUGAUUUCGGUUCGCAACAACGUAGACUGGCGCAUACACAAGAGAAUUCUAUUGGCUUUCUCGGGUUGGAUUCUCACGCAGUUCGUCGGCCUCGUCGCCAACACUUGGUACAAAGAGGCCAAAGUGAACGCUCAAAAUCUCACAGAUGGCUUCGUAAAAGCAGUGGACCACAGCAAGGAUACAAUGGAGCAGGACGUGCGAGCAAUUGCGGUUGCUCAAGAAGGAGAGCUGGAGCGAUCCCCAGACGACCAGCAAAACUAUACUAGCGUAGCUUCGAAGUUGCUGUUUUUCCGUCCAUUUUUUUUUUGAUCUAUGCCGCUUUUUCGGCAAUCGGAGGGGUAUGUCAACUGCUUUGGGCGAAAUACUGUACAGAAAUUCCAGAAAUACCCGAGAUAUAUUUUGGAAAGGUUGCCGGUUGCUGCCGACUUCUAGGUACUUUUUUGUUCCUCCUCUGUACAACUUAUGACGGAAUCACUCAACCGCUCUUUGAUGGUUGAAGCUUUUGAUUCCUAUUCCAGCACUUGUAGUUGCAAAUGCAAUUUGAAAAUAAAGUUGAAAAGUGGUCGUUGCGCGAUGACAUUAGCGCCGUGGUCGUGGUGAUACUGGAAAAAUAAUCUGUCC